CUAGACAGAAAAUAAUAACUUUUCCCAAAACAAAAGAAACGUACGAUAGCUUCUCCUCCACAAUCCUCCAAGUUUCCGUUCCUGAUAUUUCAAGAAAACUUGUUUUAGGGUUCUUCGUUUUUUUUUCUUCCAAAAUGGGUUUGUGGGAUUCGUUUCUCGAUUGGCUCCGAAGUUGGUUCUUUAAACAGGAAAUGGAACUUUCCCUUGUUGGCCUUCAAGAUGCUGGAAAGACAUCUUUAGUAAAUUCCAUUGCUACGGGUGGCUACAGUGAGGACAUGAUUCCAACUGUAGGAUUUAAUAUGCGAAAAGUCACCAAAGGAAAUGUGACGAUAAAGCUUUGGGAUCUUGGAGGGCAACGUAGGUUUCGCAGCAUGUGGGAAAGAUAUUGCAGAGGUGUCAAUGCUAUUUUGUAUGUGGUUGAUGCUGCGGACUGGGAUAGCAUUCCUGUAACGAAAACCGAGCUGCACGAGCUCUUGAUGAAGCCGUCAUUAAACGGAAUUCCUUUGCUUGUUUUAGGAAACAAGAUUGACAAGUCACAAGCUCUAACUAAACAAGCAUUGGUGGAUCAACUUGGCCUUGACACAAUUACGGAUAGAGAAGUAAGCUGUUACAUGAUUUCUUGCAAGGAAUCGAUAAACAUAGAUAUGGUGAUCGAUUGGCUUAUCAAACACUCGAAAACCGCAACAUGAUUUCUUGUUUGUUUGUUUGCUUGCUUGCUUGCUGACUGCUUGAUAUGGGAUCUUUUUUAGUGUUUCAUCUUUUUAAUUUUUAGCAUUUCUUUGAAUAGUGUA